AUGGGAGGCCGCCGGCGUUUGGCUGUAGCGUGUGACGUUGUCGAGAGGAUGGAGGCAGUUCGCACAGGAGACGACUGGCACUCGUUGCGGCGACCAAUCCCGGUCGACCCGACUUCGCAGCCAGCAGUCCACAGCACCAGCUCGCUGUUGGGCCUUGGCGUCGGGGCUCUGGUGUCGGGGCUCUGGCUUGUGCGGGCCCGCGGCCGGCGUCUGUUGGAAUCUGCUGGAGGGGAACGAAGCGGCGAAUUGGGAAUGCGGCCUGGAUGCACGAAGCAGAAGCCACCCUCCUCUCGAAAGCCGCACGUGUGCGGUCAACGUGCGGUCACCUGGAAACUCCAGUCGAGGGGCCAGAGGGCGGCUCGUUCGUCCGUCGUUUUUGGUUCGUGGGGAGAUAGGGAUAAACUUCUUGGCAGCGCGUGGCGGGGGAUUUGCGCUUGGGUGGCAGGAACGGGGAUUUGCUUCGUUGCGGCGCUCCAGAAAGAUCUAGGCCCUGGCCAAUACCGCAGGCCUCUGGAUUUAAGACAAUUGGUGCCCGACAGCCAGGGGACUUGGGUUCCCGCCAUUUGGGUCAAGCAGCUGUGGAUGCACGUGAUCAAAGCCCGCCCUGCAACAGAUCACAUGCCCAGCUGGUCCAUGUUGUGA